GGAGGGGAGGAGCUUUUGAGCCUGGGGGGAGGGGCCAGAGCUGAGAGGGCGCCAUGGGCCCCCCCUCGCUGCUCCUCCUCCUCUUCCUCGGCGCCACCGUGGCCCCCGCGGCCCCCCCGGAUCUGGAGGAGCCCGAGGAUUACGCGGAGUGCAGCGAUGGGUACGAGUGGGACCCCGAAACGGAGCACUGCAAAGACGUGGACGAGUGCGCGGCGGAGGGGCCGCGGCCGUGCCGGGGCUCCAUGAAGUGCCUGAACCAUUUUGGGGGGUACCUGUGCCUGCCCCGCUCGGCCGCGCUGCUCAGCCCCGCCCCCGGCCCCGCCCCCGCCCCGCCCCCGGCCCCGCCCCCUCCCCGCCAGGCCCCGCCCCCCGACGGCCGCUGCCCCCCCGGCUUCGGCCCCGCCCCCGACGGCACCUGCGCAGACGUGGACGAGUGCGCGGGGCCCCCCCCGUGCCGGCCCAGCCAGGACUGCAUCAACGUCCCGGGGGGCUUCGAGUGCCGCUGCCCCCCCGGCUACCGGCACCGGCCCCCCGAGUGCGUGGACGAGGACGAGUGCCAGUUCCGCUGGUGCCAGCACAGCUGCGCCAACUCCCCCGGCGCCUUCUCCUGCCGCUGCCACGCCGGGUUCAGCCUCGGCCCCGACGGCCGCUCCUGCCUCGAUGUGGAUGAGUGCUCCAUGGGCGCCCGAUGCUCCCAGCGCUGCCUCAACACCUUCGGCUCCUUCCGCUGCCGCUGCCGGAGCGGCUUCGUGCUGGGCAGCGACGGACAGAGCUGCCACGACGUGGACGAGUGCCGGGCGGGGGUCCCGUGCCAGCACCGCUGUCAGAACCUCCCGGGGGGCUUCAGCUGCCUCUGCCCCCCCGGCUACGCGCAGGAGGGGGGUCUCUGCCGGGACCGGGACGAGUGCUCCGAGGGCUCCCACGAGUGCGGGGGGGCCCAGAGCUGCCUCAACACUUUUGGGGGGCACCUCUGCGUCCCCCGCGAGCUCUGCCGGGGGCCCUACGCCCCCCACCCCCGCAGCAACGGGACCUGCGUGUGCCCCCGGGGGGGUCGCGGCUGUGCCCCCCGGCCCCGCUGGCUCCUGCACCGCUUCCUGGCGCUGCCCUACAUCCGCGACGUGCCCGCGGGCAUCUUCCAGCUCCGGCACCCCCCGGGGGACCCCCAAAGGCUGCGGCUGCGGGGGGGCCCCCCCGGCACCUUCCGCCUGCGGGCGCUGACCAAUCACAGCUCGCUGCUGGAGCUCGUGCGCCCCCUGGCGGGCGCGCGGCAGCUGCUGCUGGAGGUGGAGCUUCUCCGGCCGGGGCCACGCCCACCGCCCCAGGCCCCGCCCACCGCCACCGAGGCCCCGCCCCCCAGCGCCUGGGCCCCGCCCCCCAGCGCCUGGGCCCCGCCCCCUCCCGAUGGGCGUGGCCUGGCUUUGCUCCGCCUCCACCUGUCCAUGGGCGCCCACCCGUUUUAAGGGGGGGGACACCCCCAAAACCGCCACCGGGACCCCCCAAACGCCCCCCGGGACCCCCAGAUGGGCCCCGGGGCCUCCAAAACCCCCCCGGGCUGAGCCUCGCCCCGCCCGGGACCCCGAAAUUUGUUCCCGAAGGGAUCGGCCAAAGAAUCCCCAAAGAAAUGUCUGGGACCCCCGGAGUGGGGCACAGA